UGACAGCAAAAUGUCGGCUGCUAUUCUAAAUAAUAAGAUUUGACGAGAAGUGGUGCGGUUUUCGAGGUGAAGAAGCACCAUGGAUUGUUUUAAUCGAUGGCGGAAAUGGAUACGGCCUUUAGUUAUACUUGUCUACAUAAUAUUAUUGACAGUAGCACUGCCCCUCUGCAUAUGGGAAUUAAAUAGGACUAAGAAGGAGGUCCAUGUUCAAGCUUGGUUUGUCGGUGGACUCUUUGUUAUGAUGUCUCUGCCAAUUUCUAUCUGGGGAAUUGUACAGCACCUAGUAUAUUAUACACAACCACAGCUGCAAAGAAACAUUAUAAGAAUUUUGUGGAUGGUUCCAAUUUAUGCCCUUAAUGCCUGGUUUGCUCUCCGAUUCGAGGGUGCUAUUUACCUUGACACAGUGCGAGAAUGCUAUGAGGCAUAUGUCAUCUACAACUUCAUGCGCUACCUAAUGAAUUAUCUUCAUCAAGAACAUCCACAUCUGGAUAUUGAACUGGAGAAUAAGGACCAGGUCAAACACAUGAUCCCAUUCUGUCUUCUCCCACCAUGGCCGAUGGGCAAAUUGUUUCUGCAGAGAUGUAAGCAUGGGGUGCUGCAGUACACAGUAGUGAGGCCAGCUACAACAGUUAUUGCUUUACUGUGCGAACUUGGUGGAAAGUAUGAUGAAGGGGAUUUCAACUUCACAACUGCCUGGUCCUAUCUUGUCAUCUUCAACAACAUCUCGCAGAUUUGGGCCAUGUAUUGUUUGAUCCUGUUCUACAAAUCAGCCAAAGAAGAACUGGCUCCAAUCAAGCCCCUACCCAAGUUUCUGUGUGUCAAGGCUGUGGUCUUCUUAUCAUUUUGGCAGUCGGUAGUGAUAGCAGCUCUGGCUAAACUUGGAGCUAUUCCACAAAAUGGGCCAUGGUUGUUUUACAAGUCAGUGAAGGAGGAGGCAACUGGAUUACAGGAUUUCUGCAUCUGUAUUGAGAUGUUUUUUGCCGCAGUGGCUCACUAUUACUCCUUCUCCCACAAACCGUACAUGGGCGAGGAAGCUGACCAGAGCAACUGCUGCACGUCAUUCCUGUCCAUGUGGGACGUGCGCGACGUCAGGGAUGAUGUCAUCGAACAUGCCCGCUACGUCGGAAAAGGUGUCCAAAAGAGACUGGGGAGGAGGAAAGACGAUAAACGUGGAGAGAGGACGCCACUUCUAAAUGGCCCCAGUAAUGUUGCCACUUCAAUCAAUGAUGAGACAAGGGGGUCCAAACAUACACCUCCGGUAGUUGUCAGCAAUGACUUCAACGAGUCUGUUGCAACUGACUGGGAUGGGUCGUCUGUUGACCAGACCCACGAUUCUUUCGUGAAUCAGUCAGCAACAGCUAGUAUGAACAAUUAUGUUGACUUUAGCACAAGUGUUGAAGCACAUGCUGGUAGAGAUUACCAGGACCAAAGCCUAGCUGUAGCAGGGUCUGUGUCUAGCUUAAACAAACUUGGGAAGAGUGUGAAAGGGAAAGUUGAGACAGAGACUGUGAUAGUGCAUCCAGUGACUAAGUCGGGAACAACAGCACAGAGUGAUCCCCCUUUAGUAGAUUUUUCUGGUGAGGCUGAGUCGGGAACAACAGCACAAAGUGAUCCCCCUUUAGUAGAUUUUUCUGAUGAGGAUGCUGACAUUCCUGCUUCAGGUGAGGUAGCAGGUGCCCCACAAAAGGAAGCACAGCAGCAUCAAACACAAACCAUGAAGGAUGAGGAUGUGAAUUUUUCUGUUGAUAAUGACAUUUCACAAACAGGAAGUAAUCCUCAAAAUGGACCAGGUACAGGAACAACAGAAAAUGUUUAGCAGGUCGUAAAGUUGCCAUGACACUUCAUUAAAUGUGCAAACCUAGGGUUAUAAUGUAUUGUUACUAUUGUAGAUAUGAGAUAAUGUGAAAAGACACAUAUGUCAACAAAGUACCUGUUUGUCAUUUCAAAUGCAAUGAUUUCAAUUUGAUUCAAAAUAUUCAAAGCAGACAGGUACAUAUGGUGCUUGUAAAAUCAAGUAGCCAGUAGGCUAAAACAGUUUUGGCACAAAUUGCAUCAGUAAUAUGUCAGCCAUUACAAAUUAAGUGUUGUAGGAUUAAGAUUGCCUACACAAUAUGUAUUAUUUCAUCUCAGUAUUGACAAACCAUGAAAAUAUAUGAUGAAUGAUUGAAUCUACUAGCAAAUGAUCAACUUGGGUCUUGAUAUUUCCUUUAAGAGCCAGUAAGUUAGAGAACAAUAUCUGAAGGAGGAAAAGUGCCUUGUUCAGAUAUGAGACCAAACGAUCUUCCUCUUCAUCACAAACGCUUAUCAUCUCUGUCCACAUUUGGAUUCUCUUUCCAUCAACACCAUGUGCUUUAUGUUGAAACAUUAUGCAUGAAUGUGUGGCAGUUCUAAACAAAUCAUCCAGGAUAUUUUCCCUUUAGUGAUAUCAGUAUUCUUGCGUAUUAGCAUACUGUUCCAUGUACUCAACUAUCCCACCUAUAAAAUAGCAUAGAUCCCAACUGCUUGCAAUAUUAUCUGUGUUGCCAAUCAUUGUGUAAUGCUGCUAGGACUACCAUACAUUUACACUGACAAUAAUUGUAGCUUUAAGAGCAGCUGAACAUUGCCAUGAACUAGUUUGUUGUUUCUUGCUUCCAUCAUUUUUCACAUACAUCAAGGGCAGGUAAUCCUGAAAACACUCUUCACAACAGGUGAAUCUUAUCAUUUAAGCUAAUCAUGUGUACAUGUCUAAUGAAAAUCAAAGUACCGGUAACAUAAACUUCAACAUCAUAAAAUGCAAAAUAUUAGAUGGUUUCACUUACCAGCAACUGAAAUAUUUUCUGUCAGUGUUUGUGACUAAUUGUAACAUUAAUAAUUACUCAGGAAAAGGUGUUCCAGAAACAAUUGAUUCCCCAUGAAAACUAUUGCGCUAGGAAGAUUGUCAUUCAUUGCUCAAACUCUGUGAUAUUACUGUAAGUCGUUGAGCUCAUCCACCAUAUUUCUUGUAUAUACUUCAUGACAUGGCGUUCAUACUGCAAGAUGCUUUCAGUUGAAUGUGUGAUUAAACAUUCAGAGAUAAUGUCUUUGAAAAUACACGUAUAUUUGGUCAAUUGUAUUAUGGGGUUGAAAUGCUGUACAAAAAUGAAAAGUUUCAAAAUAGUAGAAAUCUUGAUCCCCCAGACUUUAUCAUUCCAAAAUAUAGGACCAUAGCACAAGACUAUAUUACAUAUCCCUGUAGCCCAUAAAUGUAAGGUUGUGAUUUGAUGAACCAUCUAUGAUAUGAUUUGUGUUCACUGCACACUGGUACUCUUUUCAUGUAUAGUUUCCAGUGACUGAGAGUAUCAUUGCAGCCUUCUUCUGAAACAGUUACUGCAUUUUAUAUCACUUUUUAGAUGUAUUUGCACUGUGUGUCAUCGGUGGGACGUCACUGCAUAUUAGCAAAUGAGUGAAAUAAUAAUAAUAAAUUUUGAGUGUUAUUUUCAUUGCGCUAAAUAUUCCAGGCACCAAGUGUCUGCUACAAACGCUUGCACAGCACAUUAUUACCCUGGAUAACCAAAGCUGCCUGUGAGGCGCUAGGUUAUAGUCACAUGAUUUUUCCCACCGGGUACCCAUUUCCUGCUGGGUGAACAGAGGCAUGUUUGAACAAACUC